AUGCCACAACAAAUAUCAUUAGCAGAUUGCUAUGCCCAAUCGGGCACGACAGAUCCGCAAGGCGCGCUCAUGUACCUCGUCUCAAUGUACAAUGAAAUGUCGAUGGAGUACGCCACGUUCCUGCAGACUGUGAGCACAGAGGCACAGGGUGUCAAUGAGCCGGUCGGAUUAGGACUGGAUUGCAUUGCGCAGAACUCAGCUGAGGCGGCGGGCUCGCGAUUCCGUAUCCUGCGUCGUCGCAGUACGCGUAGUGUCCGCGAACCUUUGUCCGUGCUCUCCAAAAGCCCUGGAAGUUCAUCGAGUGGCACGGUUGCAACGCCACAAUUUGUGCAUCACCACAACGAUAGCGCUUCGAGCACCUCUACCGCUGACCCCGGCAGCGAACCGAGUGCACCCAAGCGCGACGGGUUCAACUUUUUGGGCCAUAUGACGCUUCCUCGCGCACUUACCAACAUGGAACUUUCCCGGCCUCGAUCGCCUAAUUUGUUGGGAAUAAGUGCAUCACCUAAGCUUUGGCGCAAAGGUAGUAAUACAUCGCUGGCGCAGCGCACGAUGGAUUCGCCGUCCAAACUCAAUAAUGCAAAUGCAGCUGCGCCAACUUCGCCUCGCGCGCUGCACCGCCCUGCUGCUGUACCGGCAAAGCCCAAUGUUGUUGCACCUUUAAGCCCACGGGCACUUCAUUUGCACGAUGCAUCGCGUGUAUCGCAUUUGGAGCAUGAUCGGUUGUAUUACGCCGGUAUUCAUGUCAUGGGCUCGUGGGUGUCGAAUGGCGAAAUCGUUUUGCGUAUAAGAAUCCAGCCGGCAGCAGCAGCAAUGGAUGGUACUGUUCCGCCUGUCUAUGUGAUUGAAAAGAGAAGCGCAGAUUUGGUGAAUUUGUAUGACCGCGUCAUGACCAGGGCGCAAGGCCUGGCCGAUGGGAGUGCACAAAAGAUCCGACCCCUGGAGCCAAACAUGUUCCAAGGCCCCUUCAAUCCUUGGCGUUUGAUACAGCGCAAUACUGCAGUCGAUACACUAAUAUGCGCGUUGCAGCGUCUGCCUGUAUGGUACGACGAUAUAUUCGGCCACUUUUUCCGCACCAAUGAAGUGCCAAGCGCGUCGACACCGAUGCGACAAGCAUACUUGCUACAAAAAACCAAUACAGAAGAUGCGUGGGCGUUUAAACUUUGUACACUGCAACAGCAUGUUCUGAAGAUUUGCGAUGCACACCAGCCAGAGCACCGAAACACAAUUCAACUACAGCAGGCACGCAUAUGGUACCAAAUGGAAGACGUGCGCGAAUCUGACCUGGGUGGUACGAAUAUUAAAUGCCCGCUUUUGGUUGUACAGUAUAUGAAGCAGAGCAGUGGAGCGAGCCCAUCGGUUUGUCAAAUAACGUUUACGAUGGAAAGCGCUGAAAUGCUCAGCGAAUGGCAUGCUGCACUGUUGAGCGAGGUUCAGUCGGACAAGCACUCGCCCUCUUUUAACCCUAGGGAUAUGGUCAGCACACCCGAACCGAAACUGCAACUUUUGCCUGGAUUCUUGCAAAGUAGGGACGCAGAGACGGGGGGAAAGCUGCAGUCGAUUGCUCGAUCACUGCCUGAUAGGAGCGGUUCCACAUCGCCGACGCUUUACCAACCUGGCUACGAGGCGAACCGAUUUAUUCAUGGUCUGAGCGGCCUUUUCCGUGCAGGUGUAGUACCAGAAAAUGCCACUUUGCCGCAUGCAUCUCCAUCGGCCCCCGAUCGACGGCGAUUUUGGCAUGGGUUCCUUGGCUUUGGCCAUAUGUAUAAUAAUGCGAACGACGAUGCAUUUUCUGCGUACAGCGAGCAAUGCAUAUUUGGUAUGCCACUGCAUGCGGUUGUGCAAGUGUUUGGUCAUGCGUCGGGCGAUACAUGCUCUUCUCCCAUUCCCGUCGUAGUUUUCCGCUGCGUCGAAUACUUGGAAAGUGGCACGCGCCUCUUUGAAGAAGGCAUUUAUCGCAUCAGUGGAAGCUCCCUCGCUGUCAAGGCAUUGUGCGAACGUUUCAAUAUGGGCGACGAUGUGGAUCUCAACGGCGUCGCGGACUCAUCUGACUUGAACAAAACACUACACAGAGAUCCGCAUAUUGUAAGCAGUGUGCUGAAAACCUACCUUCGCCAAUUGCCGGAGAAUAUUUGCACGCUCCCGCUACUCCCUGAGCUUAUAUCGACUGCAGAACUGCAUGAUGGGACAGAGCGUGCACAAUCGUUACGUGGUGUAAUAUCUCGUUUACCCCCAGAAAAUUACGCACUGCUUCGCUUCCUCAUGCACCAUUUUCAUCAUGUAAGCGCAGCUGCUGAGCAGAACAAGAUGAACAUUCAGAACCUUGCCAUUGUUUUCAGCCCAACGUUGAACAUCCCGACAAACUUGCUGACGAUAUUGAUGGCUGAUUAUCCAUCAAUUUUUGAAUCAUAUGUGCCACACACUACCCAGGAAUCGGCACAUUUGCUAUAA